GAAAGGAAAGGGGGAGAGGCGGCCGCGUUUGCCGCUCGGCGCCGCGGUGAGGCGAGGCGAGGCGCCGGGGCCUGCCGGGCGCCCUUCCCGCGGCGGUGGUGGCAGUGGCGGCGGCCCUGGUCUCCUCUCCCAGAUUACAUGAUGGAAUUCACGUUUUCUCAAGAAAAGCUGCGCAUCUUGGAUCAGGACCGCUGAAGAUACCUUCUGAUCCCAACACCCAAAGCAGGGUCCUGUAACAAAUUUGUCAAAAGACCACGUACAAUGGAUCUCAAAGAGAGCUGCCCAAGUGUUAGCAUUCCCAGCUCCGAUGAACACAGAGAGAAGAAAAAAAGAUUUACUGUUUACAAGGUGUUGGUCUCCGUUGGCAGAAAUGAGUGGUUUGUCUUCAGACGUUACGCGGAGUUUGAUAAACUCUACAAUACGCUAAAGAAGCAAUUUCCCACCAUGAGCCUGAAGAUUCCAGCUAAAAGAAUAUUCGGAGAUAAUUUCGAUCCCGAUUUUAUUAAACAGAGAAGAGCGGGGCUGAAUGAAUUCAUUCAAAAUUUAGUUAGACAGCCAGAGCUAUGCAACCACCCAGAUGUCAGAGCAUUUCUUCAGAUGGAUAACCCAAAACACCAGUCGGAUCCAUCUGAAGAUGAAGAUGAAAGGAGCAGUCGAAAGUUAAACUCUACCUCACAGAAUAUCAACUUGGGACCAUCUGGAAAUCCUCAUGCGAAACCAACGGACUUUGAUUUCCUGAAAGUUAUUGGGAAAGGCAGCUUUGGCAAGGUUCUUCUUGCAAAACGAAAACUGGACGGGAAAUACUAUGCUGUCAAAGUGCUGCAGAAAAAAAUCGUCCUUAAUAGGAAAGAGCAAAAACAUAUUAUGGCUGAACGUAACGUGCUUUUGAAAAAUGUGAAACAUCCAUUUUUGGUUGGAUUACAUUACUCAUUCCAAACAACAGAAAAGCUUUACUUUGUCCUGGAUUUUGUUAAUGGAGGAGAGUAUGUAUUAUUUCAGUAUCUUGCACCAGAAGUCAUCAAGAAGCAGCCCUAUGACAACACAGUAGACUGGUGGUGCCUUGGUGCGGUUCUUUAUGAAAUGCUUUAUGGGCUGCCUCCUUUUUACUGCCGUGAUGUUGCUGAGAUGUAUGAGAAUAUUCUUCAUAAACCUCUAGUUUUGCGCCCAGGAAUCAGUCUCACAGCCUGGUCUAUUCUGGAAGAACUCUUGGAGAAAGAUCGGCAAAGCAGACUUGGAGCAAGGGAAGAUUUUCUUGAAAUUCAAAAGCACCCGUUCUUUGAAUCUCUCAGCUGGACUGAUCUUCUUCAGAAGAAGAUUCCGCCACCAUUUAAUCCUAAUGUGGUUGGACCAGAUGAUAUUGGGAAUUUUGAUGCAGUGUUUACAGAAGAAAUGGUCCCGUACUCAGUCUGCGUUUCUUCCGAUUACAACAUCGUUAAUGCCAGUGUCCUGGAGGCGGAUGAUGCAUUUGUUGGAUUUUCUUAUGCCCCACCUUGUGAAGAUAUGUUUUCCUAGGAAGUUAGAAGCCAACAGUGUUUGGGAAGUCUUGGGGUGAACUCAACCGUUAAGGUCAUGGACACAUUCCAAAAUAGCGUAACUAGUGCCUCGUUUUGUAUGUAGGUUUGAAACCUAUGAACAAAUUUUCUCUGCUGUAUAGGAGGAACUUGGGCAUUUUGGAAGGCUUUCUUUUGGGGUUUGAACUGUUUGUUCCUGCUGCAGAAAAUAUUUUUUAAAACCUUUAAAAAGCGUUCUCUACAUAUUUUUUAAGCAAAAACACUGACUGUUCUCCUCAGUCCCUUCAAGUUUACAUUCAUACCUAUCUAAGAUUUGGCUGGGACAAACAGCAGCAAAUUUAGUAAAUUUAUAAAUGCUUUUGUACCUAUUUACAGUGACUUUGUGCUUGAAUUGUAACUAUGCAAAUUGUCUUUUGUAUAUCCUGGUUUAAAAAAGGUAAAUGUUUUUCCCUGUUAUAUCAGUUUGAACUAGGUGUUAAUUUACCUGUCAGCACUUAAAUGAGGGACUAAUAUAAGUUAAGACCAAGAUUCUCAAAGGACUUCUACAGAAUGAAGAGUUGGUCGUGUCAAACUGGAUCGUUGGCUCUUGUUCUUGCUGAAGUACCCGUUCACUCCACUGGAGUAUGGGAGGUGUGGGGGAUUUCCAAGGGGAGGGUGGAACAAAUUAACUGGAUUGAUUUGAUAACGUUACUGAUCGUGUGUUCCGCUUUUCUUUCCUCCCUGAGAUAAAUACAUCUCUAUUUCAACUGCAUUAAAAAUAUUUUUUUUUUUGGUUAAAAAUCUGCUUUUCCAAAGAUAUAAUAUGCAAUAAUCACUGUUGCUUUGACCUUUUUGGGGGUGGGUGUUGAGGGGAUCAUGCCAAAUAUUAGGGAUUUUUCUCACGGAUUUAUAGUUUCAAACACUAAUGUGUUCCAAAUUGAUUGUAUUUCAACAUUCAUAGCCACUCAUCUUUGUGUUCCAGUUUGCACCAUUUCUAAAUCUUCACUUGAUAUUGGGGGGAAAAAAAAUGUAAAUUACGCUGAUAAUUUUAAAAAUGUGAAAAGCUCUUGUAUUUCUCUUAACAUACACGUGUAUGGACAAGCAGAUAAUACUGAACAAUUUCUGUUUAAGGAAAUUUUUUUAAACAAUGCAAAAAUUGACUGCAGUUACAGUGUAUAAAGGCUUAUCACGGUAGUAGUUUUAUUAUAUAUAUAUUACUUGUAAAUAACAACUUAUUUUUGUCUGUUAAUUCAAAA